AUUACAUUUGCAACAACAACAAAAUAUAGUGAAGGAUAUAGCAAUGAGAGAUUACUGGAGAGACUCUAUAAGACAGUUUCCGAGGAAGUGCAGUGCGUAAAACCGCAGACUGUUGUCCAAUUCAGAUAUGUUGUACUCUUUGAUCCGAGAAAAAGAUGGUGUAAACCAAAAUGGAACAUUUCAAAGUCUGAAAAGAGAGAUUGAAUCAGCUCCAAGGCAUAAGGGAAACCCGCUAAUUCAGCAAGACUGUUUAAUUUCCUAUAAAUAUUCUAUUUUUAUUUUCUUUUCAGAUAUUUAUUCAUCACUUAUCAGCGAUUUGACGAGAAGAGCUUUUUGGUUUCUGCGAAUCAUCCAAAAUCCGCCAUGGAAGCAACUACAAGAAUCUUGAGUACUUCUUCUGCUCUCAAUCGUCUUCUUCUUCUCAGUAAGCUCAAUCUAAAAUCAGAUCCCCGUAAUAUCAAUUCCACAAAUCAGCUACUACACAAUGCCGUUACCCGAAAAUCCUCUAUCUCCGCCGCUCGUAUACGGUGCUCUUCGCUCCCUGCGAAUGCGAAUCUCUUCAGAUCACUCUUCUUCCUAACGUCAACGUUUCGUCUCGAGAACACCGCCGUUCACGCUAAUCCAUUCCGAUCCGAACCUAACGACGGCGUCGCCGUCUGGAACAGAGCUCCACGGAUCGUGAACGGAGGUGGAAACGCGGCGAUAUUCGGCGGGAACGAGGGGAAAGAGACGACGGUGGUUCUCCUUGGUUGGCUAGGAGCGAAAGCUAAACAUCUAAGGAGAUACGUUGAGUGGUACAACUCCAGGGGAAUUAACGCCGUUACUUUCACUGUUGACGUUAGGGAUUUGCUCCGGUUAGAUCUUGGUCGGCGGCUUGAACGAAGGAUAGCUGAAUUUGGGAAUGAAUUGGUUAAUUGGGUAUCGGAGAAAGAAGAUGAUGGUAGAGAGAAAUGCUUGGUGUUUCACAGUUUCAGUAACACUGGUUGGCUUGUAUAUGGUGCCUUGCUAGAGAGCUUCAUUGGUAGACAAGAUUUAGUAGAAAGGAUUAAGGGUUGUAUCAUUGACUCGGGAGGAGCAGAUCCUCUUGAUACUAAGAUUUGGGCAGCGGGGUUUACCGCGGCUAUACUGAAGAAGCGUAGCUCCACCAUAACCACAGAACCAAACAGUCCCAUAAAAGAAGAGGAUGCUUCAACACCACAAAAGAAGGAACCUUUAGGAAUCGAAAACAUAAUGCUAUCAUCUCUGGAGAAACUCUUCCCCAUCUUCUUAAACCACCCAGACGUCAAUACGAGGCUAACAAAAAUCAUUCAAAAACUAUAUGAGAACCAUCCUCCAUGUCCUCAGCUCUAUCUUUACAGCUCCGGGGACAAAGUUGUUCCAUCUCAUUCCGUUGAGCUCCGCAUCCGAGAACAACAGAAGAUUGGAAGAAAGAUACAUUCUUUCAAUUUCAAGUCCUCUCCUCACGUGGAUCAUUACCGGAACUUUCCUGACUUGUAUUCCUCACAGCUUCAAAACUUCUUGCAAGAAUGCUUCACACCAACAAAACAACAAGCUCUGUGACUUUGGAACAUCUUUUUUUGCAGAAUAUUUGUAGCCUUGGUUUGUUUGUUUGUUUUCUCCUCAAAAGUUGUUUAUUAUUGAUGAUAGAACAAGAUAAUCCGAAGGAGACAGAAACUCCAAACUGUGUCGACGAGCUACUGAGCAGAGAUAGUUUCUGAAACUCUUAGAUUGUUGUUGCUAGUUUGGCUUCAUAUGUGAAACUUGACCGAUGCUCGGACAAAGAAAAAAUGUAAACCUAUUUCAUUCCCUUGUUCAACGGUGUGGUCUACCCCUUCCUCAAAC